UAGUGUGUGUAUGUAUAACGAGGCAAACACCAACAACCAGCAUCAGAACCCCAGCAGAGCGUCCUGCGGGCGGGGCAGCCUCUCCCCGCGGGCGCAGUUCCGGGCACGGCCGGCAGGGGCGCUGCUGGCUCCCGGCCGGGCAGGGCGGCUGCGAUGGUUCCCCCGCGCCUGCAGGGGGCGCUGUGGCGGGGCUGGGCCCGGCUGCCCGUGGGCAAUGGCGGGCGGGCAGGGAGGGAAAAGGGGCUUCCCUGGCAACCGCGCAGGGGCAGCCGCGCCCGGGCCCUCAGGACGGAGGGACGGCGGCAGCAGAACCUCGGAGCGGCGAGUGGGGAAGGCAGGGAUGAGCAAUGGCCGCAGAGCGGUUGACGGUGAUGCCAAGAUCUCCUCCUGGUCUUGAUCAAUGAGAACAAGACAGCAGCUCUUUGGAGCCCCAGAAGAGGCACAGGAAUGGAAUAAAGCAGGCUGUAAAAUGGAGACCUGGACUGGUUUCAGGAUGGCUGUAUGGGUCUGAUAUAGUGCGUGCAACUACAGGGGCAUUGCGUCGUUUCGCUCUUGUUCCGUCACAUUAAAACACCAUCAACUGCUACAGGAUAC